AUGUCGUACCAUCGAACGUGGUUGUGGCAAACUGACUCGUGGUGCGGGAACCGAGUGGCAUCAUCAAUCAUAAAACAAAAAACCAAAAAAAAACCCAAUCGCUUUUUUAUCUUCAAUAUGGGCUUAUUAAAACUCGGUAGCAUCUACAAGUCACGACAAAAGACAAAGGAGAAGCAGGCUCCUCUCCAACCACUUAAGAUUGAAUUGGAGUCUCCACUACGAAUCUCAACCUUGCCAACCAAAUCACCAGUUUCAACAGUCGUCGCUGAACAGCAGGCACCCGCGGGAUCGGGUAGUCUUUUGGACGACAUCUUCUCAGAACUGAACAGCAAACCAUUUGCUGUAGCACCAGUAAAAGAGGAUUAUCAGGAUGAUGCUUCAUUAGCAAUGGCCUUGGCACAAUCCUUAUAUCUCGAAGAGUCCCAGGAUGAUAAGCAUACGCACAACCGAGAAGAUUCAUCCCUGAGCACGUCUAUAUUUGCAUCUUUGCUUUCACCCUCAUUGUCAACCUACUCCUCUACCACCACUACCCCUGGCUCGGCCGCAGCUAGUCUUGGAAGAUCGAACCAGUCAGUGUCGUCACCCACCCUGGCCACGUCCUCCAGAUCCAUCAUGGAAACACACCAGCAGCAGGUGCCACAGAUGCCACCGCCAAAACCCAGUCCGGCCGUCCUGGACUCGGACUUGUCCGACUCGGACGAAGUGUCAGACAGCGAUGGACAUCUGUCAGACGCAAGCGGUCCACGCAGAACAAAGGGCAUGCAGCCCAUCAUGGCCAGGCGCACCCAGGAUCACCGUCUGAUGGUGCAACGUAAGAUUGACCGCUGGACUGACCGUGUUGACGCCGACGCCACUCUGGUAGAAACCAAUGAAUCGAUGAUUGCACGCAUGAAGGACAGACACCGACAGCAGUUCAAGAUGGCAGCCAUGCGUAGCCAGCAGCAGCAACAACAACAGCAGUUUCAACAGCCACCGAUGAUGGCUCCUCUUCCUCCUCCUAUUGUUGGUGGUGUGAAUAUGAUUCCGCCAUUUGUGAUGCCAAUGGUUGUGCCACCUUAUCAAGGCAGGGUAUACAACAAUGCGCCAGAAUACGCUGAUCCGAUUAAUGUGAUGGCAUACCCCUCGAUGCCUACCCUGACAUCUCCGAUUGAGCCACCCCGACCACGCUAUGCACGUUCUUCAGUUCCUGCUUCGCCUGUUCUGACUGCCGAAAGUGCGGGAAGUGUAUCGUCGCCAUCAUCAACCCAUUCUUCCCAACAGCCGGCAUCAACGCCUUCGCUCACUCCAGCUUCAGAACCAGUGCAACAAUCUCAGGUUGCACCAGAGGCAGAUGCGGACGAUGAAGAAGAAGACGAUCGACCGGUGAUCGAGAAGCGCAAGUCUAGACGAUCGCUCAGAAAAGAGCCAAGAGAAAACCACGUGGACCGAAAAGAUGAGGGCCCGGUGGAGAUGGCGCCGAAGAAGGAAAAGCAACAAAAGCAACAUCAACAACAGCAAUAUGAAUGGGAACGUAUGCAGGCAUACCAGCGUGACCAGCACAAGAAGUAUGGACAGCCGCAGAUGCCACGUUCAAUGACUUCUCCAUUGUCCCCUUCAGACAUGCAUUACUACGAUAGAUCAAUCCAGUCACAAACUCAAGCGCAUUCUAAUUAUCCUUAUCCCCCUUCCAUGCGAUAGUCAUCGUAUACUCCUUUCUUUUUUCACCUUCUUUCUUUUCAUUUCUUUGCCUAGAUUAUUGACACCCUCUUUUUUAACUUUAUUGACCUUAUUUAUUAUACUAUUCUACCUUAACUCACCCUUUAUUACACUACACUACAUUACACUUACUACACUUACUACACGCACAGACACGAAUUUAUACAGCAUUCAGCUUUUUAUAUAUAUAUAUAUUAUUAAAAAGGAAAGAAAGAAAUAAAGAGAAAAGAAACGAACAAAAUAUCAUC